GUUAUCCAGAGCUUGGUGCCUGUAGCCCUGAGAGCUCUGGUUCCUCUUCCUCCCUGCUUUCCUCCCCUUUUUCUUUUUUGGGGCCUCUUUCCUGUUUGGUUCUACUGUAGUCGUCUCUUCUUAGCCCUUCCAGAGGUCAGGCUUGGCCCGUGAGGGGUGAGAAGAGUUUAUCUACCUGGUACGGUUUAGGACGGUUGUUUGGGGGGAUAAGGUUUGAGGUUCUUCAGGGGAAUUGUGUGCACGUGGGAUGGGGAGCUGGAGAAACCUGCUUUCCUUUUAGAUAUGCAAUAUGGUAUACAUAGUGGGUAGGGUUGACGUUUAUCUUUGGGCUCAAAUAGUCUGUUUUUCUAAUUUUAGGUAAUAAUAUCCAUAGCCUGUUCCUAUAUAUGUUUUCCUCAAGUGCACUCUUUCAGAGCUUUCUAAAAACUGCUUUUCAUCAGGAAACGGAAAUAAUGUAAUUGGCUUGCCUUCUUGCAGGAAAUUUACGUCAGAUUUUAUGCAGUGCUCAUUUUAGACAUCGUUUCUGUAAAAAUUUACAGUUGCUUCAAAAUUAAAGAAAUCUUAAGGAUCCUCACUAGUAAUGUCUGAAGCUUGCUGGCAUCAUUAAAAAUGACGAGAGUCAGAUACUCAUUUUAAGUUUGGUUUCUAAACCUCUGAAUAUGAUGAAUCUAUGGUAGUAAGAAAUGUGUCACACAUUGAACUGAACUUUAAAAACAGGAACUUUCUUUUUAUUGGAGAGAGAGGCGUGGUUAGUAAUAUUUCCGAAUUGUAACUUUUUUCUGAUUUGUAACUGUGUGUGUGUGUGUGUGUGUGUGUGUGUGUGUGUUUGGAAGUUUUUGUUUUUUCAGUAAGCUCUAUGCCCAAUGUGGGGCUUGAACUCAGGACCCUGAGAUCAGGAGUUGCAUGCUCUACUGACUGAGCCAGCUAGGCACCUGAAAUGAAAUCAUACUUCAUCCAGUUCUCUAUUUUCCAGAACAUAGGCAGUCAAUAGAAGAGACUUGUGAAAGUAUGGAAACUUCAUUGAUAACCUAAGACUCUUCACCAGAGGAGGAAGUGGUGGAAUGGGUUACCCUCGUUUAGGUGGAGAAGGUGGAAAAGGUGGUGACGUCUGGGUUGUAGCCCAUAACAAAAUGACUUUAAAACAACUUAAAGACAAAUAUCCUCAGAAACGGUUUGUGGCUGGAGAAGGAGCAAAUAGUCGAGUUAGUGCGCUGAAAGGGUCUAAAGGAAAAGAUUGUGAAAUUCCUGUACCUGUGGGUAUUUCAGUAACUGAUGAAAAUGGUAAAAUUAUAGGAGAACUCAAUAAAGAGAAAGACAGAAUUUUGGUAGCUGAAGGAGGUCUUGGAGGAAAAUUACUCACUAAUUUCUUACCACUGAAAGGCCAGAAACGAAUCAUUCACCUUGAUCUAAAACUUAUAGCUGAUAUAGGCCUAGUGGGAUUCCCGAAUGCUGGAAAAUCCUCUUUGCUAAGUCAGGUUUCUCAUGCAAAACCUGCAAUUGCAGAUUAUGCAUUUACAACAUUAAAGCCUCAACUUGGAAAGAUUAUGUAUAAUGAUUUCAGACAGAUAUCAGUAGCUGAUCUUCCUGGUUUAAUAGAAGGAGCACAUAUGAACAAAGGGAUGGGCCACAAAUUCCUCAAGCAUGUAGAAAGAACUAGACAACUACUGUUUGUUGUCGAUAUUUCUGGAUUUCAGCUUUCUUCUCAAACUCAAUAUAGAACUGCCUUUGAAACCGUAAUAUUGCUUACAAAAGAAUUGGAGUUGUACAAAGAGGAACUUCAGACAAAACCUGCACUCCUGGCAGUUAAUAAAAUGGACUUGCCAGGUGCUCAGGAUAAAUUCCAGGAACUGAUGCAUCAACUCCAGAAUCCUAAAGAUUUUCUGCAUUUAUUUGAAAAAAACAUGAUUCCAGAGAGGACCAUGGAGUUCCAACAUAUCAUCCCCAUCUCUGCAAUUACAGGAGAAGGAAUUGAUGAAUUAAAGAACUAUAUAAAAACAUCUCUGGAUGAACAUGCCAAUCAGGAUGAUGACACAUAUCAUAAGAAACAGUUGCUUAAUUUACAGAUUUCCAAUACAAUACCUUAUAGUGAGCCACCACCAAAGAAUUCUGUUACUAGCCCCAGAUAGAUGUAAUUUAAAUCUAUUAAAAAUGACACCGAAAUUAUGUGCAUUUUGAAAGUUUUUCCAUGGACAUGUAUUUUUUAGAAGGUUAGUUACUAUUAACCUUCUGCUAUAAAUGCCGUCAUUCAAGAGCCGUACCUUAUUUUGUAGUUAAGUGUAUAGAUAGUAAAAACUGAGACCUAAAAAUGACAAUUUAUAAUUUUAUGGCCAAUCCACUUUAAUAAAUUCCUCUGAUAUUCCUGUA